AUGGCGACUGUAUUUUCACAGUCCAUCAAGGGUCCUAAUUACGGAACAAUAACAUCCCACUCCAAAGACUCCGACGAUCUUACUCUUGGAAAUUCAGAUGAAAACCACCGGUUCUGGUUUCAGCGCACAAAGCAAUUUGACUUCGAUGCGAUUGCGACUCAGCCAUCAGUCUAUGACAAUCCUGACACGGCAAAGGAAUAUCAGCCCAGAGAUGACUGGGAAAACUUGCAUAGAUUUGAUCCGUCAGCAAGAUGGACAUGGGGUGAAGAGUAUAGCCUGAUUCGCAAAAUUGACCUUCGAAUCAUGGUCUUUACGUGUGUUAUAUUUAUGGCUCUAGAGCUGGAUCGAUGCAAUCUGACACAAGCCCUAACGGAUAACUUCCUGGGUGAUUUGAACAUGAACACAAACGAUUAUAACCUUGGAAACACUAUAUUUCGGCUUUCAUUUCUUUUUGCUGAGCUACCAUCACAGCUUGUGAGUAAGUGGAUAGGACCCGAUCGAUGGAUCCCUACCCAGAUGGUUCUUUGGUCAGUUGUAGCCACAUCUCAGUAUAAACUUUCUGGUCGCACGUCCUUCCUAGUGUGCCGAGCCCUUCUAGGAAUUCUUCAAGGUGGCUUUAUUCCAGAUGUAAUCCUCUACCUGUCUUAUUUCUACAAGCAUCACGAGUUGUCUUUGAGGCUGGGCUUCUUCUGGACAGCCAUGAACAUUGCUGACAUCAUCGCAAGCUUCUUGGCUUUUGGAUUACUACAUCUGCGUGGAGUUUCAGGUCAAGCAGGCUGGCGCUGGAUGUUUUUGAUCGAGGGUUUGAUGACCUUUGUCAUUGGACUUUCAGCAUACAUCCUCAUGCCACCAGGUCCCUGCGAAACUGCAAACUGGGCGCGCGGACCAGCAGGCUGGUUUACUGAAAGAGAGGAGACGAUCAUUGUCAAUCGAGUUAUUCGCGAUGACCCUAGUAAAGGUGCUAUGCACAACCGUGAACCGAUCACACCAAGCAUGCUCUGGAAGAGCCUUUGCGACUUUGAUCUGUGGCCGUUAUACAUCAUUGGUCUUACCUUUGAGACGCCCACGACGACGCCCAAGCAGUACCUUACUCUUAUUUUGAAGAACAUGGGAUUCGGCACUUUCACCACGAACCUACUCACUAUUCCUACGAAAGUUCUCUCUAUCAUCACGAUGCUUUCCAUGACAUACAUCUCUGAGGUCACUGGGGAGUUGACUUGGGUAGCCCUUUUUGGUCAGCUUUGGACACUACCUUUUGUUAUAUACUUGUGGACGGUCGAUGUGUAUUCCCAGAAAUGGGUUGGCUGGGUUAUCGUGACUCUACUGUUAGGAUUCCCAAAUGCACAUGCAAUCCAAGUCGGUUGGAAUUCACGCAAUGCCAACACAGUCCGAUCUCGCACAGUCUCAGCAGCCAUGUACAACAUGUGUGUUCAAGCUUCAUCUGUUAUAGGCUCGAAUAUUUAUAGAGAAGAUGAUGCUCCCCUAUAUCGACGAGGCAAUCGCGAUCUUGUGGGUUUAGUAGUAUUGAAUAUAUUCAUCUACAUCUUCACCAAAGUCUACUAUGUUUGGCGCAACUCAAGUCGAGACAAGAAAUGGCGUGCUAUGACACAAGAUCAACAGGCACAUUAUUUGGCCACCACUCAGGACGAGGGAAACAAGAGACUGGACUUCCGUUUAGCGCACUGA